UAGAUGCCGGAAAAAGUGUCACAUGUGUGAACCAGCCUCUAAAGUCCUGCUGAAUGUGCAACCAGCUACCUUAUUCUUCAUUUAAAAAGCGUGGAAAUGUACAAACGAGUGUUAACUGACUAAUCGGCGCUGGUUGUUUGAAUCAUUGCAGUGUAUUUAUUAUGAAUACGGUCCGUUUGAAGCUCAGGUCCUUCACGCUCCUGUUUAUUAAAGGCAGAGCUCUCUCUGCUGGUCCUCCGGCUGUCGCAAGCUGUCAUCUCCCUCUCCAACGGACUGUUUUCCAGUUGUUCCAAACAAUGGCUACCAAUGACAACAACCCCCCGGAGACGAGACAGCCGUUGGGUAUGAAGAAGGCCAACCACAAGGAGCCGCUGCGGCGGGUGAAGACCAAAGAGAACCGGGUAAAGCGAGGGGACGUUCACGGACCGUCCACGGUGUACGUGCAGGUGGUCGGUGCUGGAAGCAGAGACAAUGCGGCGUCGCUCUACGUCUUCUCCGAGUACAACAGAUAUCUGUUCAACUGUGGUGAAGGAACACAGAGACUCAUGCAGGAGCACAAACUGAAAGCUGCUCGACUGGACAACAUCCUCCUGACCAGACUGAGCUGGGACAAUGUGGGAGGUUUAUCCGGGAUGAUAUUAACCCUGAAGGACACCGGUGUUCCAGAGUGUGUCCUCUCUGGACCUCCACAGCUGGUGAGAAACCCGACCUACACUGUACCGUACAUAUUCAAUACUGUCUUUACAUAUUCAAUACU